UCACACACACUCACACACACUCACUCACACACACACACACACUCACUCACACACACACACACACUCUCACACACACACUCGCACACACUCUCACACACUCUCUCUCUUCACCUUUCCCUAUCUCUCUCACUCUUUACAUUUCCCUAUCUCUCUCACUCUUUACAUUUCCAUAUCUCUCUAACUCUCUUUACAUUUCCCUAUCUUUCUCGCUCUCUUUACAUUUCCCUAUCUCUCUCACUCUCUUUACAUUUCCCUAUCUCUCUCACUCUCUUUACAUUUCCCUAUCUCUGUCUAAUUCUCUCUCUCCUCUCUCCUGAACCCUUCCUGACUCCUGAUCACUUCCUGACUCCUGUUCUUGAUCACUUCCUGGCUUUUGUUCCUGAUCACUUCCUGACUCCUGAUCACUUUCUGACUCCUGUUCACUUUCUGACUCCUGUUCCUGAUCACUUUCUGACUCCCUUUUCUGAUCACUUUCUGACUCCUUGUUCCUGAUCACUUUCUGACUCCUGUUCCUGAUCACUUUCUGACUCCUAUUCCUGAUCACUUCAUGACUCCUGUUCCUGAUCACUUCCUGACUCCUGAUCACUUCCUGUUCCUGAUCACUUUCUGACUCCCUUUUCUGAUCACUUUCUGACUCCCUUUUCUGAUCACUUUCUGACUCCAUGUUCCUGAUCACUUUCUGACUCCUUGUUCCUGAUCACUUCAUGACUCCUGUUCCUGAUCACUUCAUGACUCCUGUUCCUGAUUACUUCAUGACUCCUGUUCCUGAUCACUUCAUGACUCCUGUUCCUGAUCACUUCAUGACUCCUGUUCCUGAUCAUUUUCUGACUCUUUGUUCCUGAUCACUUCCUGACUCCUGUUCCUGAUCACUUUCUGACUCGUUCCUGUUUUUCUUCACAUCCCCACCUAUUUUUCUGUGAUUCCAGCACUUUGUUGCCUUUUCCUUCCUUGACUCCACUGUCUUUCACCGGCUAAUUCCCCUAUCCCACUUACCCUAACUACCCUGAACUCCCCCUUGCUGUCUCUCCCUGACUCCCCCUGGCUCUCUCUCUCAGGCUUGCCGGUAUGGUCAUGUUCAGCAUUUGGAGCAUCUUCUGUUCUAUGGAGCCGACAUGAGAGCACAAAAUGCAUCAGGGAACAGCGCUCUGCACCUGUGUGCACUCUACAACCAGGAGAGCUGCGCUCGGGUUCUUCUCUUCCGUGGGGCAAGUAAAGAUAUCCGGAAUUUCAACAACCAGACAGCUUUCCAGGUUGCUAUUAUUGCAGGAAACUUUGAACUUGCAGAAAUCAUCAAAACUCACAAAGAAUCCGACAUUGUGCCUUUUCGGGAAACCCCAAGUUACACAAAGCGCAGACGUGUUGUGAGCUAUGUGGGUCUCUCAUCCCCGCGCUUCCUGCAACGAUCAGCCAGUGACAACAACCUCAAUUCAGAUGGGGCUCAUUAUUCCCCAGUGCCCUCCCUCCGUGGUAUCCCAUCCCAGUUGAUUAGCCAUGGGCCUGAUGUAUCUGGUGGAGCAUUGCUGGGGGAUAGCAGCCUUGCCAGCACUGCCAGCUCCCGCAGUACGCACAGCCGUUCUCCCUCACUACACAGAACACGAGAAGAGAAGGACAUUGAUAGCCACACCCUGAGGAGAGGACGAGGGAAGAGCAGCCCUGGGCCCCUAGAUGUCAGAAGCACUGGCAGUCGAGGGCCCAAAAGGAAACUAUACAGUGCUGUGCCUGGGAGAACAUUCAUAGCUGUGAAAUCAUAUGAACCCCAAGGACCUGGAGAGAUCCAACUCAACAGAGGAGAGAGAGUAAAGGUGAUGAGCAUCGGGGAGGGAGGAUUCUGGGAGGGCUCUGUGAAGGGCCGUUCUGGAUGGUUUCCAGCAGACUGUGUGGAGGAAGUACAGAUGAGACAGCCGGACCCCCGACAAGAAACCCGUGAAGAUCGGACAAAGCGGCUGUUCAGACAUUACACAGUUGGAUCCUAUGACUCAUUCACAUCCCACAGUGAUUACGUUAUCCAAGAGAAAGUUGCUCGGCUGCAGAAGAGAGAGCUGGAGGGAUAUGGCUUUGUGCUGCGAGGAGCCAAAGCAGAGACACCAAUUGAGGAGUUCACACCAACACCAGCGUUUCCUGCUCUGCAGUAUCUGGAGUCUGUGGAUGUUGAUGGUGUUGCAUGGAGGGCUGGUCUUCGAACAGGAGACUUCCUCAUAGAGGUGAAUGGGGUGAACGUGGUGAAGGUCGGACAUAAACAAGUGGUGUCUCUGAUACGCCAGGGUGGCAGCCAUCUCACUAUGAAAGUUGUAUCUGUGAGUCGCAAGCCAGAGAGCGAAGAGGCCAUGCGCAGAAGGGCUCCCCCUCCACCGAAAAGGGCACCGAGCACGACCCUCACCCUGCGCUCCAAGUCCAUGACAGCUGAGCUCGAGGAGCUGGAGCGAUUGGAUGAGAUUCUUGCAGCGUCAGAUGCAUCUUUUAGGCCGGAGAUCGCAGAGGCUGAUUCCCGAGCAGCUACUGUAAAACAGAGACCAACAAGCCGCCGUAUCACCACAGCUGAGAUUAAUUCUCUUUUGGAGCGACAGGGAAUUCCUCAACAUGCAAUAUCCAAGUUCCACUCAGAGAAACCUCGCAUCCCACUUCAUCACGUCAUGUCUCGGACCAAGUCUGUGGGUGAAGAUGAGAAAUGGUCAGACUCUUUCUUUGAUGGGCGUUUCCCACGCAGCACCUCCAUGCAGGACUCAUUAAGAGAAGGCCCAGCCAUACCACCACCCCCACAAAAGACUGCGCCUCCUCCUCCAACUCCAUACUACUUUGACACUGGACCACCACCAGCUUUUUCCCCUCCACCACCACCAAGCAGAGCCUAUGACACAGUGCAUUCCAGCUUUAAACCAGGUUUUGAGGCAAAACUUCAUGGGCUUCAGCAUGGCAUGGGUUCUGCAGAGCUCUUGACUAUGGACCGGGCGCUUCCUCCACCAGACCGUCAAAAGCGUGCUAGAUCCAUGAUCAUCCUUCAAGAUACCUCGCACCUCCCUGUAGAGCCUACAAGCAUUGCACGGCCUGGUCCCUCUUCUACUCCUCCUGAGAAAUUAAAAAGGCGAAGUCGAGCAACAGAUAACCCUUAUGCCAACAUGGGCUUGUUUGCACCAAUGAAGCCACAGCGUAAAAAAAGUCCCCUUGUGAAGCAGCUACAAGUGGAGGAUGCCCAAGAACGUGCAGCACUAGCCAUGGCUGGAGGUUUCUCACGAGAUCCCUCACCAUCUAGACGCAGUCCACGGCAGAGCAUGAUGGAUCUUGGGACUGCACACCAUGAUCCACUUGGAAGCCCCUUUGCAACAGCAUUAGCUGGAGUGAUGAAGGAGCGUGAACGACGGCUAGAUGAAAAGCGCAAAUCCACAGUCUUCCUUUCUGUAGGGGCUCUGGAGGGUACACCUCCUUCCCCAGACUUCCCUUCUUUACAACCCUCAAGAUCUGUUGAUGAGAGAUUGUUAGGUAGCCGCGAUGUUCUGCUCCCUUCCCCAGGUUCCUCUCUCAAGUCCCUAAUGUACAGUAGUUCUCAUUCGACCUUCAUCCAUCCUCUAACUGGAAAGCCCUUGGAUCCUAAUUCCCCCCUUGCACUUGCGCUGGCCGCAAGGGAAAGAGCACUGUCUGCCCAAACAUCCUCUCCCCCUCCUCCAAGAACACCUACCCCUGUGAGGAGUCCAGAAUCAGACAGAGCUCCCCCACUCUUCCUGGAAAUCCAAACCAAAGAGGGGGAAAUAGGAAUGGAGCUGGAGGGAUCUGCUUCUCCAAUUUACAGCCCAUCAGGAUCAUCAGUUAAAGGUCGAUGGGGAGCACCUUUGCGGAGAGAUGGUGAAGGGCGUGCAGAAAAAAGCCCAGAAAGGUUAGAGAGAAAAGUAGAAGAACGCAAGCCCAUGAUCCUAAGCAUUGUAGACACUUCUCAGCAAAAAACUGCAGGGCUUAUUAUGGUGCAUGCUACUAGUAAUGGAACAGAGGAGAAGGAACAAGAGACACCAGCAGCCAGUGAUAAGCAAGAAGCUGUUAAGCCAGCUGAUACAGAAGAGAAAGCACCCUCAAGCUCCUCUUCAGACAAAACACUUGGGCAGGGCAGCUCUGAGGAGGAGGUAGAGCCUUUUGGAGCCACUUUACCACCAGCCAUGCUCUCCUCCAGUGAUGAGGAGACUAGAGAAGAAUUAGCAAAAAUUGGCCUGUUGCCCCCUCCUGAUGCUUUUGCUAAUGGAGUCUUGAUCACAAAACCUGGGACCCCCAUCAGCCAACUGGCCAGGCCUGGUACAUUAGCUUUACCCAGUGCCAAGCCAAUCAGUAGUCAUCCACCCUCAGGGAAGCCUUCUGAUGUCCCACUACCCCAUCCAGAGUCUGCUACAGACUCAGGUGUAGAAGAGGUCGACACCAGGAGCUCGAGUGACCACCAUCUGGAGACUACGAGCACCAUCUCUACUGUGUCCAGCAUGUCUACUUUGUCCUCAGAAAGUGGAGAGCCCACUGAUACCUACACCUCUUAUGCCGACGGUCAAACUUUUAUACUCGAGAAGCCGCCAGUGCCUCCAAAGCCCAAACUCAAGUCACCACUGAUGAAGGGCACCGUGACGUUCAGGGAUCCCCUACUUAAGCAGUCCUCGGACAGUGAACUUAUUGCCCAACAGCAGCUUGCAGCAGGCCGUCCACGCUACCUCUUUCAGAGAAGAUCUAAGCUUUGGGGAGACCCAUUGGAGAGCAGACCUCUUUCCCAUGGGGGUCCUGUAGAGGUAGAAAAGCCGUCAGUUAUAGGGGAAAUCAGUUCCAGACUCCAGUUGUUGAACAAGGACACAAGGUCACUGGGUGAAGAGCCAUCCAUCCCUGGCAUGGAUCCCAGCAAAAAAUCUCCAGUGGUGGCAGCACGGUGAGAAUUACAAUAGAGUGUAGCAAUGAAAUAAGAAUAGAAAAAGAGAAUAUAACUUGGAUGCCCUGAAAAGGUGGUGAACAUCAGUAUCAUUUAAUGGGGGAUGAAACCCCAAAUCUUUUUCAUCAGCUGGUGCGAGUCCAUGAGUCAUCACUUGUGGGAGGAGGCAAAAGACACCCAACACACAAGAGCUUUACAUCCCUCCCAUUUCCCAUGAUCCUUAGUAAUUUUCUUUGGCCUCAUUGUGUGAAAAUUAAGUGCAAUUUUUUUUGUCAUUGAAAGGGGAUCCUUUAACUGAUCUGAGGAAUUAAUCAUCCUCCCAGUAACCCAGUAAUUCAGACUGGCAGAGUCCAGUUAUC